UCGUUUACACUUCGGCUUCAGUCGCGUAGAAUUCGUCGAAGCGCUUGGACGUGUUGUGCGCCACCGCACUUGUUUGUGAAGUUUUCCCAGUUUUUCGCAGAAAUUCCCAAAAAAUCACAGUGACUUCCCGUAAUAGUGACAUUAGAUGAACUGCAACGUCGAACGCAGUCGGUUUGCGUAGCGUUUUUCCCGCCCGAAUUGACAAAUUAGUGCUGUGUACUCACCAGUGAGCGUGGCUUCGUCUUCGACUUGACUCGCGUAUAGUUGGUUGCCUGCACAAUGAGUAUGAGCGUUUGCAAGGCGGAAAAUAUAAAAAUGAACUAUAAACUGGUCACCAGGAGUCCCAUCGCCAAAGUUAAAAGAAGCCUCUUCGGACCGGUGGACCCGGAGGACGCGAAGACCUUCAUCCAGAACCACUUGAACAUCGAGUUCAAGAGGGGCUGCACCAAAUGGAACUUCAACUUCCAGGACGAAACCACGCUGGACCCCAAUGGGGACUACAUCUGGCAUUCGGCAUCCCCCAUUCGGGUUAACAGAAAACGCAAAUCUGCAGAGGUCGUGGAGUCUUCAGCGUACUACUUUCAGCCGAUCGAACCAGCCGCCCGUUCUGAGAUCCAAGCUAAAACGAAGGUUCCAAAACAGACCCAUAUCACCGAUUACAUGGUCAAAUCGAAACGACCGGUGGUAUGCUUGAAGGACUCACCUGCAGAAAGGCCGAAGAAAAUACCGAAGCUGACCGAAUAUUGUUCAAGUUAAAAUAAUUCUGUGCCUCAUCCCCACUUCUCUUUACAAAUUUUCGAUCUCGAAAUUUUAUUUAAGUACAAGUUGUUUUAAAAAUUAACUUAGAUAUUGUACAGUGAAUUAUUAUUUUUGUUUGUAUUUAUUUUGUAAAGUUGAUUUUUUUCUUUCUUUUGAUCUCUAAAAUAUUUUGGUUUUGUUGGCUUUUCAUGAGUUAUGUAUGGUGACUCAUUGUAUGCUUAUACGUAAUAAGGUGAAGGAGUUUAUAAAGGUUUUUCUGCACUAUCUAUGUGAACAUACUGUAUAUACAAUGUAAAAGUUUCGUUAUAGUAAGUUAUGUCAACACGGAAUUAGAGCGUACAAUUAAAUUAACAAGAAAUUCCAAUUUUUGUUGAUCUAUUUGUACUUAGAAUACGGGUUAUUUAGUCAAUAAACUAGUGCAAUUUAAUUUUUAAUUUGUUGACUAAAUAUAACUAAAUCUUUUUUCUAAAUUUGAGAUUUGUGUUAGAAAAACCGUAUGUCGAUAGUGCUGUAAACAUGUUUUAUAAAUUUUCUGGUUUCAAGGUUGGCUUGCUGGUAUGACCAGUAUAGUCCGUGUAAAAUAUGAGUUGAAUUAAUUGGUACAAGAUUGUGAAAAAAUAAUUUAAGUAAGAAAAUGGGAAGUUGGGAAUAUUGUUUCUCACUUGGUUCAUUUAAGAAGUACUAUCAUUGGAAUGAGUAACUGUAAUCCAAAGAAAAAAUUAAGUACAAAAUAUUUUUGGCAAUUUUUGCAGAAUAUUAAUUUUUGGCAGCUUUGCCCGUUUGUCAACAAAUAAAGAAUUUGGAGAUUCAGGUGUAGGAAAGCAGUACUUGAUUUUUUGCUUUAUUUUAAAUUCAGGGGAAGCUAUUUUGAGACAAACAGAGUUGCAAGAUCUCAAUUCUGCUUUUUGUAAAAGAUGAAACUAUUUUGAGAUAAUAAAAAUAGAUAUAUUAUUUAUAACACCUGUGAUCUAUUAAAGUAUGAUCUCAAAAAAUAUUUUUUAUUUAAAUAUUAUAUAAUGUGCUAAAUAAUGUUCGGUUGAGGAUUCUGUAAUUAAAUAAAAUAUUUGUCUGUCAAAGCCACCUCAACCCAACAGUGUUUGGCCGCCGUAGCAUAAAGUUGUAAAUCUGUUGAAAAGAUUAAAGUAUAUAAGGAGCCCUUUAAAUAAAGCUUCUAUUUGUUAGUGUA